AUGACGAGUGGAGGAGGAUAUGGAGAUCCGUCGCAGAAGAUUGAUUAUGUGUUCAAAGUGGUUUUGAUCGGCGAUUCGGCGGUUGGGAAAUCGCAGAUACUUGCUCGAUAUGCGAGGAACGAGUUUAGUUUGGAUUCUAAGGCUACAAUCGGUGUAGAGUUUCAAACUCGGACGCUUGUUAUUGAUCGCAAGAGUGUUAAGGCUCAGAUCUGGGAUACCGCCGGUCAAGAACGGUACAGAGCGGUGACAAGUGCAUAUUACCGAGGAGCGGUUGGGGCGAUGUUGGUUUACGACAUAACCAGACGUCAAACCUUUGACCAUAUCCCAAGAUGGCUAGAAGAGUUGCGUGCUCAUGCGGACAAGAACAUUGUGAUAAUCCUUAUUGGGAACAAGUCGGAUCUAGAAGAUCAACGGGCUAUUCCAACCGAGGACGCUAAAGAAUUCGCGGAGAAAGAAGGGUUAUUCUUCUUGGAGACAUCUGCGUUUAACGCGACUAAUGUCGAGAGCGCUUUCUCCACGGUUCUGACCGAAAUCUUCAACAUUGUGAACAAGAAGAGUCUUGCUGUGAGUGAAGAACAAGAGAAUGGUCAUGCCGGGUCGCUUGCUGGUAAGAAGAUUGAUAUUGUUCCAGGUCCUGGUCAAGUGAUACCAACGAAGAGUACCAUGUGUUGUAACUCUUAA